CUUCACCAAGGGUCACGAAGUUUGAGCACGACGGCGUGGUGUCGCGGGUUGUGUGGCCAUGCCAAAGGAAGCUGUAGUGAGCUCUCCAUGCUUUCCCACCCGGCUCCCUACAGCAGUUGCAUCCGAGUUCGAUUCUGUCGCUGACGAAGCACUACAAACUCUGCGUGUCAAGCCAGCGUCCAAGUCGGUAGUGGCUGCGUCUUUCGCAGCAAGCCGCGACCCAACGGGUCAAACACCGUCCACCAGAACAGUGCCUUCGUCCACUGGAACGACGUCGUCAUUAGUCGCCAAGAUCCGGAAACAGGCCAAGGAAUUGAGCGAGCUGCACGAGGAGCUGGCUGCGAAGGAAAAGAUAAUCCAGAAGCUGCAGCAGUCGCGGUUGCAUGGCGGGGCUGCCGGGGCCACUGGGCAACACAAAGGCAAAGAGAUCGAGGAGUGGAAGUCCAAGUACCUCAAGGAACAAAAGAAGUACGAGUCCAGUUUGAAAAAACUCCAGGAAAUGAAGGCGGUAUUGGAUGCGAAAGAGCAAGACAAGCAGCGUUUGGUCGAGCAUUUCAAGCAGUUUGAAGACGCUUUGCAUGACUUGCGUGAGGCUCGGUGUCGCACCAAGUGCGGCGAUGGGAGCCCCCAGUUCACCACAGAUGAAGAGAAGAUGUAUGUGCGAUUGCUCGAAGAAGGCAUGCAGGUCAAAGCCGUCGAGUUCAACGUUGGUGGCCACGCCGAGUUGAUGAUCGUCCUGGCGGAAUUGCGACACACAAUCCAAGGGCAGGUAGAGAAGCUGCGGGCCAAGGAUCAGCAGAUUCUCGAGCUACAAGUCGAAAAGGCCAGCUCAAUCCACGCAGCCCAAACGGACGUCGACGCGACCACCACGUCAUUGGCGUCGCUUGCGAAACAAAAGGAGGCCAUCAUGGACUAUGCACAGUCGCUUUCCGAAAAGCAAUCUGCGGUGGAUUCCCAGAACAUGGAGCUGAAUGACCAAUUAGCCACCCUGAAGCAACUUCACGAACACACCGAAGUCGAGCUCAAGAGCGUUGCGGAGCGGUAUGCAGCACUUCGGGAAAGCUACGACGCUGCGCAGGUUGAGACCACCGCGUUGAAGGAAAAACUGGCCAAGGUCCAAGAGCAGUGCCGCGACAAGGACGACCGCCUCGCUUCGCUGCAUGACGAGUACCAAGCCAAACUAGACCAGUGUCGCGAGAUGAAGUUGCUGCAAGAUGACUUGUUGAACAGUAUCGGUGAGGCCAAGGACACCGAGCGGCAUUGGCAGGACAAGGUUGACGUGGUCCAGAAACAGCUCGACAACGCCUUGGACAAGCUAGCGACCUCUCAAACGGAAACAACCAAUCUAGCACAUCAGCACGCAGAAGCAAAUGCAGUGGCAUCAUCGUUGAAAGCCGACGUCGACUCGUUGAGGGCAUCAGUGGCCAGCCUUCAACAGACCAAAGACCAAUUGCAGACGGAAUGCGACCGUAUGCGAGAAUUUGAAGCCUUGGUCACGGACAGGGCGCCUCACCGAAAGACAUUCACGGCUGUCGCGGAGGCAGAGCGGCAACUUCGGGCCGACUUGCACUUGAUUGACGCGUUUGUCAACACGUCGACUCCCCACGGCUCCGUUGGAUUGCCCAACCAGCACGCCAAAGGCGGAGCCGAAGACGACUCGACGCCGUCCUUUGUCGAAUGGUACAUUGUGGGAGAUGUGGUGUCCCGCGUGGCGAUGCUUGACCAACGGCGCCUUCCGCCGCAACUCGUGCACCGAUUGCCGCGGUUUUCGUCGUAUUUGCACCAAGUUUUCGUGGCUGUGGACACACUGAUCCAUCAUGUAUCGACGGUCGACACGUCGUGGAAACGCGAACGAUUCAACCUCGUCGCUGCGCGAGAUGCAUUCGAGUCGUCCGCCGCUCUUAUCCAAACAGAGCUGGACAUGAUGCGCCAGUGGACUUUCCAGCUCCACGACGAACUGCAGCAGACGACCCGCGCCAAAGUAGAGGCCGAGCAACAAUACUUGGCCGCAACUGCCGUUGCAAACGAAGCCAGCGAGCAGGUCGACGAGCUCCAGCAAAGUUAUACCACAUGCCUCCAGUCGCUCCGCACGGCGCAAGUUGAUAUCGAGGCCCUCAAGCUUGAACUCACAAACGCGGACGAUCAGCGGCAGGACUUGGCGGUGCAAGUUAAAAACCUGAUAGCUCGCCUGGAUAUUUCAAAGGAAGAAUUGAAAGAUAUGCGCUCGAAAGAGUCGUCGUCACAGCAUGCCCUUGACGCAACCUUGAAGGAACUCGCGGAAAGCCAAGCCAAAUGGAACGACUUGACAACGGCACACGGACGAUUGCAAGCCGACUUGACCGCGGCCAAGAUGGACUUGGCAGCUCACGACGCUUUAGUCGAGGAGUGCGCUAGGUUGAGGCAGCAGGUGGCCGAUCACGAAAGCGCCAUGGCUACCGCCAGUGACGACAAUCGACGGCAUCUCGACGUCAUGCAGACUCACUCAAAGCAACUGGAAGCUGCCAUUUGGGAUGCAUUUCAAGCUGUCCAGAGCCACCUCCCGAAAUCCCACAACGUCAAGGUGGAUGAUGCGAUCAUGGCAGUGCGGCAAUUCCCGUGUCUUCUCGAUCGCGCGGUCCAACACCAAGUCAAACUGCACACCCACGAAGCGAUCAAAGUCGCGCUCUUGCAAAACUGCCAAACCAUGGACUACCAAGACCCAUCGCUAUCCCUGCUUCGAGAGCUCAAGGUCGACCUCCAACACCUCACGCAGGAAAACCAAGUGCGUCCUGGUCAAUUCGUUGCUGGCAUUGCCAGGGUAAUACAAUCAAAUAGGCUUUGAAAGCGCAA